ACACACACCCUGUGUCACACAGCCAAAAUAAUAAAAUGCUGACUUCUCACUGUGCCGUUGGCAUGCUCAUCUCAGCAUAGCAGUCCUGUAGCCCGACACUCCGGGAGAAAGAAGAGACGGAGGGAGGGAGAGGUAGAAAAAAGAAAAGGGAGAUAACCUGCUCUUCCUGCAGCCUCCGUCCUGCCGAGGGGCUUCAGCCCUCUGCUGCUGUCAAGUGUCCUCACAUUCAGGUGUGUAGAGGUGUGUAUGAGUGUUUGUGAGCCGGAGCCAUGUCAGACCCCAGGGACAUCGAUGAGGACGCCAUCCUCAAGGGCCUCAGCGCCGAGGAGCUGGACCAGCUGGAGUGUGAACUGCAGGAAAUGGACCCCGAGAAUGCCAUGCUGCCAGCUGGCAUGCGACAGCGUGACCAGACGAAGAAGGGUCCGACGGGGCCGUAUGACCGUGACGCCCUGAUGCUGUACCUGGAGAAGCAGGCUCUAGAGAGCGAGGACAGGGAGGAUCUGGUGCCCUUUACUGGGGAAAAGAAAGGUAAGGCAUUCAUAGCCAAGAAGAAAGAGAUCCCCGAACACGAGCAGGUGAUCCUGGAGCCGGAGCUGGAGGAGGCUCUGAAAAACGCCUCAGAUGCUGAGAUGUGUGACAUCGCAGCGAUUCUUGGGAUGUACACGCUAAUGAGCAACAAGCAGUACUACGAUGCUCUGGGCACCACCGGCACAAUCGCGAACAAAGAGGGCAUCAACAGUGUUGUGAAACCAGAUCCAUUCAAGUUCUUCCCAGAGGAGCCUCCAAACACCACAAAUGUGGAGGAGACCUUGGAGAGAAUCCUCAACAACGACAGCAGCCUGACUGAGGUCAACCUUAACAACAUCAAGGACAUUCCCAUCCCAGUGCUUAAGGAGAUUUUUGAAGCAAUGAAGGAAAACUCUCACGUGGAAGUUUUAAGCAUUGCAGCCACUCGUAGCAACGACCCUGUGGCCUACGCAUGUGCCGAGAUGCUACAGGAGAAUACCAGCUUGCAGAGUCUUAAUAUCGAGUCCAACUUUAUCACAUCAGAUGGCAUGAUGGCCAUCAUCAAGGCCAUGGCAAGCAAUGCCACACUGGUAGAGCUUAAGAUUGACAACCAGAGGCAGAAGCUGGGGGACUCUGUUGAAAUGGAGAUUGCUUCCAUGUUGGAGAACAAUUCCAGCAUCCUUAAGUUUGGCUACCACUUUAACCAGCAAGGUCCCCGGGCCAGAGCCGCCAUGGCCAUCACAAGAAACAACGACAUGCUUCGCCAACAGAGACUGAGAUGAAGCAACAAGAAGCCAAAGCAACAGCCAUUGAUGAUCCUGUGCCAGCUUCUUUCUGUGUGCUGGAGCAAAAUGAAUCAUACCAAAUUAAUUUGAGUCAUUGUUCAUGAUGAAAAACUAUUUCUAACAUCCAUUCUCUACCAUUUCAUUUACUGCAACAAGCUUUGACAUGCUGAAAUCACUAUAAAAGCAUGUAUAGGCAACAAGCAAAACGUCAAGUGUCUUUUUUGUGCUUUUAGUUUUUGCCUCAUCAACAUCAUCACAGUCAGUUCUUUUGAUACAUGAAAACGCUUUCACUGUGGUACUAAAUUAUAUGUGGGAAGGGAGAAAUCUGUAAAUAUUUUCAAUAAAAAUACAUAUUUAACUAUUUUUCCUA